UCGCAGACUCUAAUAACCAUGGAGAAUUGCCUUGAACUAAUCGUACAAGAUCAGAAGUAUUGUUACUUCCGAAAAGCAGUGCACUUUUGGGCACAACAGGCAUUGCUACCAGCUGUUGUGGCCGUGGGCGUGGUGGGUAACAUGCUAUCCGUUGUUGUACUUACCAGGGAACCGAUGAAAAGCUCCACCAGCACAUAUCUGACUGCCUUGGCUGUAUCUGACUUGUUUUAUUUACUAUUUGUGUUUACCAUAUCCUUUGAAAACUAUCCAUGGAUUGUUGAAGCUGAUUACUAUAUUUAUUGGAAAUGGUAUCCUUACGGGCUUUGGCUUACUGACGCUGCUAGCAACACGUCGGUGCUGUUGACGGUGUCGUUCACCGUCGAACGGUACAUAGCCGUGUGCCAUCCUCUGCGCGGCCGCAUGCUGUGCACCGAGUCCCGGGCCAAGCGCGUCAUCCUGAUCGUGGCGCUGUUCUGCAUCGCGUGCACGGCCACCACGCCGUACGAGUGGCACAUAGCCAUCAACGCGGCCACCGGCAAGUUCCAGAAGAGCAGCACGGAACUGGGCCGGAACGACAUCUACAAGAAGGCGUAUAACUGGUUUUGCAUCGUCACGUUCAUUUGCGUCCCGCUGCUGGUGCUCGCCGUGCUCAAUUGGUUCCUGAUCAACGCGGUCAACCAAAGCCGCCGGAACCGGACGCGGCUCACCUGUCAGGGGAACGUGGUGUGGAACAGGCAACGGCAGGAGAACAAAAUGACCAUGACGCUGAUCGCCGUGGUGAUCAUGUUCUGCGUGUGCCAGACACCCACCGCCGUGAUGAUGCUGACCGCGUCCGUGUACGAGCCACCGGAGAAGACGCCCGCGUACUACGUGAACCGCGGCCUGCACACCAUAUUCAACUUCCUGAUGGUGGUGAACGCCGCGUCCAACUUCCUGCUGUACUGCGCGAUGAGCCGCAAGUACCGGCGCACCCUGAUGAUCACGUUCAUGCCGUUCCUGGCUGCCCGGCACGCGCGCAACGCCACGCUCCGGUCGUCGGUCAGCUACCCGCGGUCCGGCACCAUUGUCCGGCGCAACACCGAGGUCACGCAGAUGUCCGACGUGACGGGCGUCGCGUCCGCCGGCAGACGCGAGCUGAUCGUCCGGGCCGGCACCACCGGCUACGGCCGACACGCCGCCGUCGCCACCGCCGCCAACAACAACAACAACAACAACGCGCAGCACCAGCAGCUGACCGCCACGGCCGUCCUCUGAGCGCGCCGCGGUCGUGGGUACGUCGAGCCGCGAGUUCGCCGGUUACGCCGCGGUCGUCGUCGGUCGCGCGCUCCCCCGGCCCGCCGGCCGGAUCGCGUA